AUGGCCCACUCUCCAGUGCAGGGCCACCUGCCCGGGAUGCAGAAUACUAAAGUGGACCCAGAGGAGCUCUUUACAAAGCUGGAACGUAUUGGCAAAGGAUCGUUCGGGGAAGUGUUCAAAGGCAUCGACAAUCGCACACAGAAAGUUGUGGCCAUCAAAAUCAUAGACUUGGAAGAAGCAGAGGAUGAGAUUGAAGACAUCCAACAGGAGAUCACAGUGCUCAGCCAAUGUGACAGUCCAUUCAUCACAAAGUACUAUGGGUCGUACCUCAAGGACACUAAGCUAUGGAUCAUAAUGGAAUACUUGGGCGGAGGCUCGGCAUUAGAUUUGAUGGAGCCUGGGGCCCUGGAUGAGACUCAGAUCGCAACCAUUUUGAGAGAGAUCUUGAAGGGCCUGGAGUAUUUGCACUCUGAGAAAAAGAUUCAUCGAGAUAUCAAAGCAGCCAACGUGUUGCUGUCUGAGCAGGGAGAGGUGAAGCUGGCAGACUUCGGUGUGGCGGGGCAGCUCACCGACACCCAGAUAAAACGCAACACAUUUGUCGGGACACCAUUCUGGAUGGCACCCGAGGUUAUCAAGCAGUCGGCAUACGACUCAAAGGCUGAUAUCUGGUCUUUGGGCAUCACGGCCAUUGAACUGGCGAAGGGUGAACCGCCGCACUCGGAACUGCACCCCAUGAAGGUUUUAUUCCUUAUUCCAAAGAACAACCCGCCCACACUGGAGGGCAACUACAGCAAACCGCUCAAGGAGUUCGUCGAGGCUUGUCUCAACAAAGAGCCCAGUUUUAGGCCAACUGCCAAAGAGCUGCUGAAGCAUAAGCUGAUUGUGCGCCAUGCGAAAAAGACGUCGUACUUGAUUGAGCUGGUGGACAAGUACAAGCGGUGGAAGGCAGAGCAGGCCAGAGCCAACGAGUCCAGUUCAGACGAAUCAGACUCGGAGCAGGAUGGCCAGGCGUCAGGUGGGAACGAUUUUGGCAGCGAUGACUGGAUAUUCACCAUCAGAGAGAAGGACCCAAAGAAGCUGCAGAACGGGGAGGGCCAGUCGGGAGGAACGGACAAGACAAAAGACAUUCCAAAGAGGCCUUAUUCACAGAGCCUGACGUCUGUCAUCUCUCCUGCAUUAGCUGAGCUGAAGGCGCGACAGGAGCAGGUGAACGGCAACCCCAUGGUCCUGGACGAGCUCCGGGAGGCCAUCUUACUGGCUGAGGAGGCUUUUCCUGGCAUCUCGGAUUCACUCGUGGCACACAUGGUCCACAGACUUCAGAGCUAUUCGACAAGCAGGUCGUCUUCCUCCUCUACCUAA